UGUAGUAUGUACUGUGUACGAUCAAGCGAUAAAGGAAGAGUAGAGUGAGAGCAGAUAAUAUGUUCAUUUUAUUAUUUAUUCUUCGUUGUUGAUAUAUUUUUAUUAUCUACAAAUUUAUUAUGAAAAUGAGUGAUCAAUUUUUCAAAUAAACAGUUUGUAAAUUUGAUAUAAUAUAUUGAAGUUAAUUAAUAUAAAAUAAUUGACAAAUAUUAAUAUUACAACUAUAUAUUAUCACAUAUUUGUUAAUUAUAAUAUAACAAAAUGGCACCAGUGCCUUUAGAGGGUCAUCAAACACCUGUAACUAAUAAUAUUCCACAAGAAGGAAAUCGUGGUGGUUCUAUUUCCCUUGGCAUGCUUAUUGAUUUCAUUAUACAACGUACUUAUCAUGAACUUACAGUUUUAGCUGAAUUAUUACCUCGAAAAACUGACAUGGAACGCAAAAUAGAAAUUUAUAAUUUUUCAGCUAGAACUAGACAAUUAUAUGUACGUUUAUUAGCAUUGGUUAAAUGGGCUAAUAGUGCUUCCAAAGUUGAUAAAUCUGCGCAUAUAAUGGCAUUCUUAGACAAGCAAUCACUUCUUUUCGUUGAUACAGCUGAUAUGCUUGCAAGAAUGGCCCGUGAGACAUUAGUACAUGCAAGGUUACCUAAUUUUCAUAUUCCUGCUGCAGUGGAAGUUCUUACAACUGGAACAUAUAGUCGCUUACCAGCAUGCAUAAGAGAAAGAAUUGUUCCUCCUGAUCCAAUUACACCAGCAGAAAAAAGAAGUACACUUCAGAGAUUGAAUCAAGUUAUUCAACAUAGAUUAGUUACUGGAAAUCUGCUUCCACAAAUGCGUAAUUUAAAAAUUGAAGCAGGAAGAGUAACAUUUCUUGUAGAGCAAGAAUUUUCAGUAUCACUUACAGUAAUGGGAGAUGGUCCAACAGUACCUUGGAGAUUAUUAGAAUUGGAAAUCUUAGUUUCAGAUAGAGAAACAGGAGAUGGAAAAGCUUUGGUGCAUCCAUUGCAAACUCGUUAUGUGCAUCAAGUGGUGCAAUCGAGAUUAGCAGAAAGUUCAAAUCCAUUAUCAGAAGUUUAUCACAUUUUGCAUUAUUUUUGUCAAUCACUACAACUAGAAGUACUCUAUUCUCAAACAUUACGGUUAAUACGAGAUAGAUUGGAUGAUCAUAUUCAUGUGGAUGAAUAUACACCAGGAAAAUGUCUUUCAGUUUCAUAUUGGAGAGAAUUGACUAAUAAAGAUCCUCGAUCAGAAUUGGGCUAUAAAUUAACAGUACAGGUGGACCAACAUGACCCUGCAAGACCUCUUGCAAUAGUACAUAUUCCAUCUUUAGGUAGCAAAGAAAGUGAAAUAGCAGACAGAGCAAUUAGGUCAGAUCAAUUAUCAAUGGAAUGUUUAUUAGUGCAUACAAUAUAUGUACGUACUAGAAGUAGAUUAUUAGAUUUAAAGCAAGAAUUGCAAACGAUGUUGAAAGAUGUUGAAUGUACUUUAGCCGGUUCACCUGCAAUUCUUUCUGUUCCAAUUUUGCAACCUUGCUUAAGAGCAGAACACUUGUUAGUUACUGUUGAUACACAUACUGGAAUGUUGCAAUGUCAUGUACCUCAAUAUGAAGUUCCGUUGAUUCCGGAAUUAACUACUGCUUUAAAUGGCGAUCAUUCUCGCCUUCCGACUUUAAUAUCAGAACUUAGAUUUUGGAUAACACAAAGACGAUGUGAAAAAACAUUACAACAUCUUCCAGCAACUUCUCAUGAACGUUUACCAGUUCUUCUUCAUCCUGAUCAUCCAAUAUCAAAAAUUAGUAGACAUCGAAUGUUUAUCCAACUUCAUCGACAUCCUACAGUUAUUUUAAUAGUGGCAUUUAAAGAGAAAGAAACUUCACCAUGUGAAAUUGAAUGUUCAUUUUAUCUUGCUGUAGUAAAACAUAGUUCUAUAGAGGAUGAUCCCCAUGAUGAUAGUAUUGAAACAGAAAUUCCAAAAAUGUAUUUAAAAGUUCAAAGUUUAAUUGAAUUUGAUACUUUUGUCAUAACUCAUGGACCUUUUACUAGUGUUGACAAUGAAACUCCUGAAACAAAUAGUUUGAAACGAAGAAGUACAGGACCUAGUGGAAGAUCUGAUAGCAGUGCUACAUUGCAAAACAGAAGAUCUAAGCAACCUGCAUAUUUUAUUCCUGAGUUAGCACAUGUGGUUGCACUUUGUGAUGAAAGGAUACCUUUUGUAACAUUAGCACAAGAAUUGACUAGAAGAGAUAUAGCUCAUCAAGGGCUUCAAGUAGAGGCAAAUGCUACUGCAUUAGUUUUAAAACUAGUUCAAUUACCUGCUCCUUCUGCAGGAAUAAAUACUAGUUGUGCCUGGUAUGCUCUUCUUAAAAGAUUACUCAGUGUUUCAAUUAGAGUUCAAGGUAAAGGUAUGGCUAAAACAUGGAUGGCUGAAUUUGUAUUUUAUGGUAGCCCGUUAUCUAGUAGUCAUCCAAAAGAACAAGGAUUGCGAAGACCAGUGUAUUUCCAAUAUGAAAUGGGAACAGCAGAUACUAUUUCGCGUACAGUAGAUGCAAUACUUAAUGAUUGGGCUCAAAUUGUACAUCUUUAUUUUAUUGUACAUGAUUUAGCAGAAUAUUUUAAAAUGGAAAAAUAUAAUCUGCGUAAUAUGGUUACUAUAAAAUUAUAUAAUUAUAGUAAGUUAGUUUUAACUUAUGGUCCUAAUCGUGGAGCUACUGUUACUGUGCAAUGGAGUACCAAUGACAAAGCAUUUAAAUUGAUAUUUGGAAAAAGUCCAACUAGUACUAUUACUAAUGCUCAUUCAAUUAUGAAAGAACAAUUGGAGGCUCAUUUAAAUAGACACAGAAAUUUAGCUCAACUUAUACAUAUUCUUCAUGAAACACUUCAACCUCUUACAUCAAUUAGCAAAUUGCCUAUAAUUCCACAACUUUGUGUUUAUAAUUCGAGACCUCAAGUGCCAGUACAAACUUUCACUAUUAUGCCACAAUGUGUAACUCUAGUCAGAAUUGCAUAUCAGGGUAUGUAUUGUUUAGAACUUCGUCUACGAGGAAGUGGUUUAGUGAGCUUACGGGAUGGCGCUUAUAGCCGUUUUGAUAGAAGUUACGUUGUAGAUGAAUUUACUCCUACACAAGGUCUUAAGGCUUUUUUAUCUAAAUAUGUGGAUGAAAGUGCAGUUUCUCGUAGAAGAUCUCAAUCAGAGGAUGAUAAUCCUCCUUCUCCUGUUACAAUGGAUAGCGAUGGAGGUAGCGGAAGUGGAAAUGUAGGUUUUUUAAGUCAUCAUAGAAGUGGACCUCAAUCACCUGCACAACAGAGAGAUGGAUUAAGGUUUCAUCCACCUCUGACUCCACCUUCUGGUAGUAAUCCUCAUACUCCAGCUAGUCCACAUACUGCUAAUAUAUCACAGACAAAUCAACAUCAAAGUUUUGGAAGUAGUCCAGCCACUUCUUUCAAUUUGGCUUCACCACCAUCAUUACCACCAAAUACACCUAAUAUGUUACCACAUCCUUCACCAGGUUCUGGUUUAGUUGCUAACAGUCCUUUAAAUCCAAUGCAUGUUCCUAGUCCAGCUGGAUUAAUGCCAACAUCUUCACCAGGACCAUGUAGUAAUGUUCAAGUGGGACAUUCUCCUGCAGGAUCUUUUAUGCAAACUGGACAUAUAGAUGGAAGUCCAUUUCCAUCUUCACAAAGUAUGGCUUCUCCAGCAGCCUCUAAUUGGCCAGGAUCACCUAGUGUGCCUAGACCAUCUCCAGCACGUCCUACACAAAGUCCGGGACAUGCAUUGCAUAGUCCUCAAGCCUCUGAUCAUAAAACAGGGACUCAUAUUUCAAGAGUACUUCCACAACGUUCUUGGGCAGGUGCUGUACCUACACUUUUAACUCACGAAGCUUUAGAAUUGCUCUGUUGUCCUUCUCCACACCCUUCUGGACUUCCUGGGCCUGAUCUUUCACCACUUGAAAGAUUUUUAGGAUGCAUUUAUAUGCGCAGACAAUUCCAACGAUUCAUACAAACUGAUGAAUGUUUAACAGCGGUAAAUAGUACAGAACCAGGAGUUGUACAUUUCAAAGUAGAAAGUUUACAAUGUCGAGUUGGCUUAAAUCCACAACAUUUACAAUCUCUUCAUAUAAAAGUACAACCUCUUCCAGAUCAUAAAGAUCAAUGGACGCUUGAAGAAUUACAAAUCAUAGAAAAAUUUUUUGAUACAAGAGCAGCAAUACCACCAUAUAAACCAAACACACUUUCUGGUUUUGGUAGAAUGUUAAAUGUUCCAUUUAAUGUGUUGAAAGAUUUUGUACAAAUUAUGAAAUUAGAAUUAGUACCUGGGUUAGCACAACAACAACAACUUAAAUGGAAUGUACAAUGGUGUUUAAGAAUUCCUCCUUCUGGAACUCCAAUUGUACCUACUGGCAUGGCUGCUAUAUUAGUUUGCAGAAAUAAAAUUCUUUUUUUUUUGCAAAUAACAAGAAUUGGAUUACCAUAUCAAGGAGAAACACCAUCACUUGUUUUACCCCUAGUUUAUGAUGUUAGUACAAACCUAACACAGUUAGCAGAAAAAAGAGAUCCAAGCCCAGCUUCUGCAAUGGCAGCAGCAUCCUUACAAUUAAAAAGAUUUGCUGAAUAUGGUGCAAAUCAGUCUGAAUGUUCUCUCUUUCCUGCAGUUAGAGAUUUACUUGCCAAUUUGACUCUUCCUUCAGAUCCUCCAGUCAUGUCUCAGGUUCCACCAGCUGGUGGAACACCAACACAACAGAUUCAAAGUCCUGCAAUGCAAUUACAUUCUCCUAUGGCUGGAAAUCAAGGUCCUCCACAGGCACCAUAUGGAAUUCAAGGUAUGCCUCCAAUGGGCAUAAUGGGUGGACCACCUCAAUAGGACAUGCUUUACUCUCCUAACCCACUCAAUUUACCGAAUCAGUCGACUUGGAUCAACUGAAACGUAUUGUAAUAUCUAUUUUAAGAAUAUAUAGUGGGGAAUUGUAGGAGAGUUAUUUCAUCAAGAAAAUUUGUUUUUUAAAAACUCAUACUGUAAUAUUAUUUGUAAAAAGAAACUAUAA